AUCGUCAAAACUGGAUCGAGCUUCUAUCUCGCAUGCGCAGAAUAAACCAGUCACACGUUGCCGUGUCAAUAGUAAACGUACGGAGAUUUGCGCAUUAAAUCAUAGGGGUCCGGCGUUCAAUUCAAUAUUUUGCUAGCUGUUUACCAGCUAUACCAUGGCUUCUUUCUCAAACUCUUGGCUUCUUUUAGUUUUUACGAUAUUUUAUUAUUUCAGUCCUACAAUAUGCAGCAAUGUAGUGAUAUUAGAUGAAGGAAACUUCGAUAAAGUAAUCGCUGAAAACAAGUUAGUCUUCGUUAAUUUUUACGCCGACUGGUGUCGAUUUAGUCAAAUGCUGUCACCCAUUUUCGACCAAACAUCAGAUAUAGCAAAAGAAGAAUUCCCAAGUGACCUAGUGCUUGCAAAAGUAGACUGUGACAGCCAUCCUGAGGUUGGGCAAAGAUUCCAGAUAACCAAAUACCCAACUUUAAAGCUGUGGAGGAAUGGACAGCCUGCCAGGCGUGAAUACAGGGGACAGAGGUCUGUUGAUGCCUUUUCAAACUACUUGAGGAACCAGAUGAGAAGCAGUAUCAAGGAAUUUCACUCACUUAGCGAUAUGGGGCUAAAUUCAAAGAAAAGAAACAUCAUUGCAUAUUUGGAGAGUAAAGAAGGGGACAAUUAUAAAAAAUUUGAGAAGCUUGCAGAGGAAUUUAGAGAGGAUUGUGAAUUCCAUGUUGGAGUAGGGGAUUCAUCUGCUAAGGAGAGGAAAGUUGGAGAUAACCUUGUAUAUAGACCAGAAAAUAAGGGACCAGAGGGUGAUAUUGUUUACACAGGAAGCCUGACAGACUUUGAGCAUUUGAAGCAGUGGACUAAUGACAAAUGUAUCCCACUGGUGCGGGAGAUCACUUUUGAGAAUGCAGAAGAGCUGACAGAGGAGGGAAAACCCUUCUUGCUCUUGUUCUACGACCCUAAUGACCACCAUAGUAUUGAGGAAUUCAAAGAGGAAGUCGCCAAGCAGCUUGUUGGCGAAAAAGGUCAAAUGAACUUCCUUAUUGCUGAUGGACACAAAUUCUCCCAUCCCCUCCAUCACCUUGGCAAGUCCCAACAGGACCUACCCCUCAUUGCCAUUGACAGCUUCAGACACAUGUAUCUCUUUCCAAAGUUUGAAGACAUAAGAAUACCUGGACGACUGAAGCAAUUUACCGAUGAUCUUCACUCUGGAAAGCUUCACCGAGAAUUUCAUCAUGGUCCUGACCCAACACCUGACACCCAUGCAGCCCCUGGCGAGCCUCGUGUGCCUCAUGGUGACACUGGCGACUCCACUGAACCGAAACCUGACGCAGGCACACAGCCUCAAGGCAGCUCAGGAGACAAAAGAAAGACCAAAACAUCACCCCCAGAAACAAUCUUUAAAAAGCUCUCUCCAAGUUACAACCGUUAUACCCUUCUACGAGAUGAGCUAUAAGCAUCUGUUGUGAAUUGGUUUGGAAUUUCUUAGUGAAAGGGAGUCAAGAAAUGCUUUGCUGGUUGCAUUUAUUUAUUUUAGGGUAGUUUAAGUUUUGCUUGCACUAGGCUUACCACUCUGAUGAAUACAGUAUUCAAAAGACAGCAAGCACUGAAGACACCCUAGCCAGUUUUAUAUUUAUAGCAAUAUUACAUACUAAUAGUGCCAUCACUGCUAAUGGACAGGUUCUAAGAUGCAAAGUAACCACCAUCUAGAGACUGCUGCAAAACAAGACCUCAAAGUGGUGUUGCUUAUGCCAUGGAGUUACUAAAAUAACACACAUUAUAAGACAUGAAAGAAAGUGUACGGGAUAAUAGAAUAACUUCCCUAGGAUGUGUUCGGGUAAUUUGUUAAUUUGGAAAACUGCUUGCUAUGACUUUUGCAUCUUACCCUUUGAUUUUUUACUCUGGACUCUUUAUUUUGUCAGUAUGUUAGGUUUUUGGGGAGGGACAGGGGUGGGGGGGGGGGGGGGUAAAUAAGAGAAGAAUGUGUGGUGUGUGCACACACAUUGUUUGUCAUGUCAUAAUUCACCGACUAUCAGAUGAGUCACAAGGGUAAUAAAAAAGCUGAUAGAGGGAAAGCUAUUUCUUAACUUGGUAUAUAUUUGGUCAACAUACAUUUUCCUGUAUUACAAUAAAAUGAUCUAGAACUGUCUGAUUCCCAAGUGCAUAUUUUUCCAGUUUCAUCCAUUGGUUUUGAAUAAAAGAUUUUUAUAUUGA